AUGUCCACGCAGAAUACCGUCCUUUUGAAAACCCAAGAGAAUUGGAAGGAAUGGAACACGCAGUUUGAAGGUUUAGCCAGAGGCAAGAAUUUAUGGGGAAUUAUUACUGGCGAUGAACAAGAGAUUUUAAAGCCAGCACCACCUACCGAUGACACUUUGGCACCACCAGCUGGAAGUACACGAUCAACAAAUCCUACCUCCCUUGCUGAUCGACAAUUUGCUUGGACUGUUUACAAAAGCCUUCGUGACGACUAUAUUCUUCAACAAACUGAACUAAGCAAACUGCGGGAGUGGAUGCAGAAGACUAUUUCUCCACAAGUGUAUGAAUAUUGCUGCGAUCCAGAGGAUUCGAUGAAGGAAUGGUACGCCAAACUAAAGCAACGGGUGGGAAUUGAUGAUGCCACAGUCAAGAAACUUGCCCGCGAAGACGUAUAA